UUAGCACAUGAUGUUCUUCUUGUUCGUUGACUUUUUUUUCUGUUCUUAUCUUGAUGAAAACAGUUUCUCUUUGGUUUAAAUCAAUUGACAGAAUUAGCUAAACUAAUCACUUUCCCCUAUUAUUACUAUGCAGGAAAAAAUAGAGUUGGAGCAAAAACAAUUGUCAUCAUAACUUUCAUUGCCUUUCUUUUGGUAUUACUUGUAUAUGUGGGCUGUUAUUGCAAACGGAGACAAUCAAGGCAGAGACGUAGGACAAUGCUAAAGGAAAAUUUUGGAGAUGAACUAAAAACACUGGAGUCAUUACAAUUCAAGGUUGCUACAAUUGAAGCUGCCACCAACAAAUUCUCAAAGGAGAACGAGAUAGGUAAAGGAGGAUUUGGUAUUGUCUACAAGGGUGUUCUUUCUGAUGGACAACAAAUAGCAGUAAAGAAACUGUCAAUAAAUUCAGGACAAGGUUCUAUAGAGUUUCAAAAUGAAAUAUUACUCAUAGCCAAGCUUCAACACAUAAAUUUGGUGACUUUGUUAGGAUUCUGUUUGGAAGAACGAGAGAAAAUGCUUAUAUAUGAGUAUGUGCCUAAUAAGAGUCUUGAUUAUUUUCUAUUUGAUCACAAAAAACACAGGGUGUUAGAUUGGUUCGAGCGUUACAAAAUUAUAGGAGGAAUUGCACGGGGAAUUCUUUACUUACAUGAGUAUUCAAGACUUAAAGUCAUACAUCGAGAUCUCAAAUCUAGCAAUAUACUGUUGGAUAAUAAUAUGAAUCCAAAAAUAUCUGAUUUCGGUUUGGCAAGAAUAGUUACAAUCGAUCAAGAACCAGGAAGAACUAACAGAAUUGUGGGAACAUAUGGUUAUAUGUCUCCUGAAUAUGCAAUGCAUGGACAAUUUUCUGAGAAGUCAGAUGUGUUUAGUUUUGGGGUUAUAAUUAUUGAGAUAGUUAGCGGAAAGAAAAAUGUCCGUCCCAUUGAAUUAGAUGAUUUUGAUGACCUCCUAAGUAUUGCUUGGAGAAAAUGGAGGAGUGAAACACCAUUAGAAUUGUUGGACCCCGUUCUAAAAGACUCAUAUUCUCGUAGUGAAGUUAUUAAGUGCAUUCAACUUGGUUUGUUAUGUGUUCAAGAAAGUCCACUUGAUAGACCAACAAUGGCACAAGUUGUCUCAUAUCUCAGUAAUCUUUUAGUUGAAUUACCGUUUCCUCAAGAGCCAGCAUUUUCCAUGGAUAGGAGAACGAGGUUAAACAUAACAAGAGAGUCUAGUUCAGGUCAAUUUAAUAGUAAUUCUUUGGUUUCAUCGAUCAAUGACAUGACCAAGAGUCAAUUUUUCCCUAGAUAAAUAUGAGGUUGAUUUUUCUCUUCAAAUUAUUUUGUAUAUUUUGGUAACAAAACGAUAUUUACUUCAAGAAAUGAAGGCGUCAGUUGUAUCAGUUACAGCACGUAUUAUAGGCAAAGGGAAUUGCUUGUCCCUCAAUGAAAAUACAAAGCAUUUCGAAACAUAUCAAAAGUCUACACCUUAUCCAUUCGUAACUGAAUCACACUUUCAAUUUUCAUAAAUUAGUACGGACAUGUGUUGGGAUUCAAGUAUGAGUGAUUGAGUCCCACAUUGACUAGAAAUGAAGGAAAUGUUGAAUUUAUAAGAGAAAUGAUUCAUACCUCCAUUGUUUGAUUUUGCAUGUAUGUCAUUUGGAGAGAGAGAGAGAGAGAGAGAGAGAGAGAGAGAGAGAGAGAGAGAGAGAGAGAUUGCAGUUUCCAAAAGUACUCUUGUGACUCUUGUGAGGACUACUAUAGAUGUAAUUCUUUCUGAGGCACGAAAGACAUUGCAGUACAUAAGGCAGAGAAAGAACAAGGGGUCAAAUAUUUCAAGUAGUUCAUUUUUACUUCUAUUUUGAUAGUAUUUGUAUUAUGAUUUAUAAUUUGUCAAUAAUAAUAUUUGAUUAUGGA